UUUUAGACAAAAAAGUGAAACUCAGUUAAAAGUUGAAACUGAAGUGGAAAGCCCAAGACCAAAGUUUACGUUAGGAGCGCAAGUGCGGUACUGGGUGUCAUGUCACUAUCAAUGCCAUCAAAGGCAACAAACGAAACUUCCGAGAACCAACCAGCCGACCCAAUGCCAACCCAACCCAUCUUCGCUGCUAUUCGUCACCUUUUACCUCGUCCAGACAUGGUCUUCUCCGCCCACAGACUUAUCUCUUAUCGCCUUCUUCUUCUUCUUUUUUUAUUACCCACCCAACGCCAACAAUGCUGCUGAAUCUCUACUUUUUUUCUUAAAGAAUACCUAUAAAUUAUAGAGCUGAUGGGUGGUGUAACAUCAAAACGAUCAACCACAGUGCAGUCCUCAUCCAUAGCAUCUAAUUCAUAUUCUUGGGAUCCUCAUAGAUAUGUGGUGCCAUCAUAUGCUCCCUCUGGUGGAGACUAUGUUCCCCAACAGCAUUAUGCCUCUCCACCUCAAAGCUAUGGUGGUCAUGCUACAGAGUCAAAUAGGAGGUUGGAGAGAAAAUAUUCGAAGAUAGAUGAUAACUACAAUAGCCUGGAGCAGGUCACCGAUGCCCUAGCCCGCGCUGGCUUGGAGUCUUCUAAUCUUAUUGUUGGUAUUGAUUUCACAAAAAGCAAUGACUGGACAGGUGCAAGAUCAUUCCACCGAAGAAGUCUACACCACAUUGGAGAUGAGCAAAAUCCAUAUGAACAAGCAAUAUCCAUUAUUGGAAAAACAUUGUCUUCCUUUGAUGAGGAUAAUUUAAUUCCUUGUUUUGGAUUUGGAGAUGCAUCAACACAUGAUCAAGAAGUGUUCAGCUUCUAUCAAGAUGAGACGUUUUGCAAUGGAUUUGAAGAAGUGUUGAGACGAUACAGAGAAUUAGUGCCUAAUCUAAGACUUGCAGGACCAACAUCGUUUGCUCCUAUGAUUGAAAUGGCCGUCACCAUUGUUGAGCAAAGUGGUGGGCAAUACCAUGUGUUACUGAUAAUAGCUGAUGGGCAGGUGACUAGAAGUGUUGAUACGGAGCGUGGCCAACUAAGCCCACAAGAAAUGAGAACAGUUGAAGCGAUUGUGAAAGCAAGCGAGUACCCGUUGUCCAUUAUUUUAGUUGGAGUUGGAGAUGGACCUUGGGACAUGAUGAGAGAAUUUGAUGAUAACAUUCCUGCCCGUGCCUUUGAUAAUUUCCAGUUUGUGAAUUUUACAGAUAUAAUGUCAAAGAACAUGGAUAGGUCCAGAAAAGAGGCAGAGUUUGCUCUUGCAGCAUUGAUGGAAAUUCCUUCUCAGUACAAAGCAACACUGGAGCUUAACAUAUUGGGUACUAGCAGGGGGAAGGCUAUUGAUAGGGUUUCUCUCCCCCCACCUCGCUAUGGUCCGGGUUCUUUUAGCAACUCAAAACCUUCACGGUCAAGCAGUUUUCGUCCAACUGCACCUUCUUCCGGUAGAUGUGAAGCACGUGUCGGCACAGCUCCUCCUGCAAGUUCUGCUUCAGAUAAUUAUGUUUGUCCUAUUUGUCUUUGCAAUGCAAAGGAUAUGGCCUUUGGUUGUGGACAUCAGACCUGCUGUGAGUGUGGGCAAGACCUUGAGUUGUGUCCUAUUUGCCGAAAUACCAUCAAUACCAGAAUAAGACUCUAUUAAGCAAAAUAUGCGUGCCUGGAUUCUCCUCUGCUGUUUCUAUCUUCCAGCAUUCUGAGAGUAAGUCCUCGAGUUUCUUCUUGUGCUAAAGACUUAAGAAUUGGGCAUGAUUGGAUGUGGUAUCAGGCCUUUUAAUUGAUUCAGAGAGAAGGGAUACCCAUCAUACGUAUCCACGGCUUUGUACAUAUAUGUGGGUUUCGUCAAACUACAAAAACUUAUUUAUAUAUCUUUAUAUAUUCAGUAGAUCAUAUAUAAUUGUAAUGUAAUCAGCUAUAGAACGACUGAGAGCAGACAUGUCUCAUUGUAGGACACCCUUGGAUUGGCAUCAGUAUUCAGUUCCACGUUCCAAUUGUAAGCUGUACUAUUUUUUUCAUGCUGUGAGAUUUCACCUUCAGCCCCCGCAUAACUUGGUUUGUUAGCUUUAAACCAUAAUCAGCUCAAUAAAAUAGUUCAAUCUCUUUGCUGUCAUGGGAAUUGAUCUUAUUUGCCUGUUCUUUUUACUCUUGUCGAAAUCUAACCAUUUGUGUGGCGGCUUUGAUGGUGGAAACCAUUUUCUAAAGUGUGCAGCUAAAACUGGUGUGCAACAUUGAACCUGCUUGCAAUUCAGUAAAGCAAAAGGGGACAUUGCCACAUCGGUGAUUCUGAUCGGUUCGAACAUUCCGCCUACAAACUUGGGCUGAAGAAUGAAGGUUGGUUUGAUGAAGCCGAAGAAGAAAAAGCAAUAUUAUUCAAGAAGACAAGGACAUGGCCAAGGGGGCUGAGG